AUGGCUGUUAAAAAUAGAAAAUUCUUCACUUGUUUAUGCUCAAAAUGGGGAAUGAGAUCAGUUAAUUUUGUAACCUUUCAAUUUGAACUAUAACAUAUUGAGAAGUAUCCAAUUGUUGAUUAUUUCAAUAAAUAUUUUAAUUAAAAUUUUGAAAGCGACAUGAAUUCCCUCAAUAUAGAGAACAAUAAAUUUAUGAAGAGAGCAAUUUAACGAAAAUCCUAAAGAGAAAUUAGUUUAACUCCAACAAUCGUACUUUCAAACAAAGAAAUUGAAAUAGAUGACUUCGAUUCUCCAACUACCUUAAAUUUAUAAAUACCAAUCUUUAGUCCGACAAAAAUGAUAUAUUCUUUGCCUAAAUCUGCUGGCACAAUCAAAUGA